AUGCAUGAUUUCAUGCCAUUGUAUGGAAGAAGUGAAACAACGGGAUAUAUGGCACCUGAAUUGAUGAUUUCAAGGGAUUUCAAGGCCAUGUCAUGCAAAUCUGAUGUUUACAGUUUUGGAAUGAUAAUGCUAGAAAUGGCAUGCGGAAGAAGGCAUGGCGAUGUCGAUGCAAUCAAUUCAAGCAAAGUGCAUUUUCCUACCUGGGUCUAUGAACUAAAUGCGAGGGGAGAUUUAGAGUUAGAGAACCUGACAGAAAGUGAUGCCAUAAUAUCCCGAAAGUUGUUCAUAAUCGGAUUAUGGUGCACUCAAACUCGGCCAUCGGAACGCCCCUCCAUGACCAGAGUCCUGGAAAUGUUACAAACGAACCUCGAUGACCUGGAAAUGCCUCCCAAACCAAUCUUGGCUGAAUACCUGCGUGAAUCGGAUUCUCCAAAAGAGAUGCUGUUACCUGAGACAGUGGAGAGAAGCUCAUAG